AUGUCGUUGGCGAGCGUGUUCGGGCGUCCGGCUGACGUUUCGGGCGCGGACGUGGGACGGCGGGCGGGCGGUGAUUCCACGUCCAGUCCGAACGACCUGAGCGCGGUGUUCGAGAUCGCGGCCGGGAUGCCGUUCGCGACCAAGGAACAGAUUGGAGACGGGCUGCAGGCGCUGAGUGAGGCGUGGCCGGUGGUGUUCGCGACGCUUGUCGCGGUGUUCUACGUCGCGUGGCAUCCUAGAAUCGGGUCACUCGCCAGGGGGGUCCGGGCACAGGUCUUAGGGAGCGGAUGGAACGGGGCGCAGUGGUACUGGACCACGGUGAGCACUAUGGUGACGGUGCGCUCUAUUUUGAUCUGGUUGGCGCACAGGAACGUGGUGGUGAGACGAGCGGUCGAGUUCGCGGGACUCGCCAUGGCGCUGGACGCCAGACGAGGACGCAAGCGUUCAGGAGAUAAGGAGAAGGAAAAAGCGCGACGAUGUCAUUCGGACAAGUACGCAUCGAUGGGACAAGAACCGACCACGUUUCCGAGCGGGGUAACGGACGUGGUGCAGCCUGCGGAUUACGAACGGUUCAAGUCGCGCGUCGCGUGCCUUCCAGGAAGCUUGCCCACCGAAGAAACCGGAGAGUGGCAAGCGGUGAUGGAGAGGACCGACGAGGCGACCCAGUGUCAUUACAAAGCCUGGAGGCAUAUUUUGCCGUACGGUGGCACGGAAUAUCUCUCUCGAAGCGUGUUCGAAAACGCCACUGCGGAGGAAAUUUGUGACUUUUACAACUCCGACAUCACUCGGGACAAGUGGGACGCGUUGCUCUUAAAGCAACACCCCAUCGAAAAGGAUCCUCGCACGGGUGCGGAGAUCUUGUUCUGGGAGCGUCAACUUCCAGUCAUUAGCAAUCGCGAUUAUGUCUUUAGCCGACGUACGUGGAAGGAUGGUGACUACUACUUCACCAUCACCAGGGGUAUGCAUCAUCCAAAGCACCCAGAGAGCUCCAAAGUCAUCAGAGUGGAUCCGUAUUUCAGCGCUUGGCGCAUGCGAACUAUUCCAGGCAAAGAACCGGGGACGUUCGCCGGUGAAUGCAUUUUACUUCACUUUGAGGAGCAAAAAGUCCAGCAGGAUAUUGCACGAAUGGCUGUGCGUCACGGAAUGUGGGGCGUGGUGAGAAAUCUGUGCCGAGGCUUCCGUGACUUCCAAAACGAGCGUAAUCAAGACGAGGCGAUGCAAGACGCUGGUGGCGUAAGCGCGCGACGAUAUGUCGAUUUGAGCAAAAUGCCAAGUGGCUUGAAGAAGCGCCUGAAGAAAGCUAUUGGUUUCGCGUUUCCCGUCCUCCUGGGCGUCCUGCUCGCGCAGCAAGGUACGGGCAACGUCUUUGACGUCGUGACGCACGCUCGACGUGGUUUCAUCAUUGUGUCUCACCGUCGUCGCGCUUUAAAGGCGAUCAAAACCGUUGGCGUCGUCGCCGCCGCAAAGGUUGCGGAGCGCGUAGCCGAGGACGACGCGGAGGACGACAGCAUCACUCUUCAGCACGUGUAA